AUGAACAAAAAUGGACAGCUGGAUCUGUUCUUGCGGUUCCUGCUGGGCAUCUCACUGGAGUCCAAUCAGAGACUCUUACAGGAUCUACUCACACCUAGUGAGAACAGCUCAGAGAGCAUCAGGAAAACCACACAGUUCAUUAAAGAGAAGAUCAAAGAUGGACAUGGACUCUCCACUGAAAGAUCCAUCAAUCUGUUCCUCUGUCUGCUGGAAGUGAAAGAUCAGACUCUGUCCAGAGAGAUUCAGGAGUUUGUGAAAUCAGACAAACUCUCAGAGAAGAAACUCUCUGCUGCUCACUGCUCAACAAUCGCCUACAUUCUUCAGAUGUCAGAGGAGCCGCUGGAUGAGCUGGACCUCAAGAAAUACAACACAUCAGAUGAAGGGAGAAGAAGACUGGUACCAGCUGCGAUCAACUGCACAAAAGCUCUAGUGUGAUAAAUUGUAGCAAUGUGUGGUGUUGUAACAAAUCAGGCCUCUGUGGCUCUCUCCGACCACCACCGGAGUGCACCCUCUCCUGAGUACUAGCAUUCAUGGACUCCAUUUCCCAUACACCCCAUACCUGGGACUGAUUACUGGCACAGGUGUUUCCCCUUAGCUUCCCCAUUUAAGCUGCAUCUGGACUCUUAGUUUUCGUGAAGUCUUUUUUUGCCACGGCUAACAUCUCUGAGCAUUUAUCCCCUGUCUAUUUGAUCUCUCGUGUAUUAUCUUGGAUUGUUCAUUCUAGUGUGAUUCUCUGCCGCCUGCCCCGACCCGCGC